AUGGAGUCUCGAGACACGGCCUUUGUUUGGACCUGUGCUGCUUUGCAACUAAUGCUCGUCCUCAAGCUCUUGUGCAUUGCAGUGGCACGCCGCGCCGAGAUCUUGCAGGCCAUCCGCAAGCACGUCGAGAGAAUGCGGUGUUUUCAGGCUCGCAGAUCACUUGUGCAGGAGGACGAGUGGCUUGUCGUGACAGAGAUAAAAGCCAAGCGUGUCCGCCUGGCACACGUCUACUUCAAUGUGUUGGUGGGCGCGUCGCUCCUGACGCUGCUUGUGAUUCAAAGAUCGAUGAUGAAAUCUCCGUUCGGGCCCGAAGCCUGGCGAUGGAUGGUACUCACGAUCUUCGCGACCUCAUUAAGCUAUCUUCUGGUGCCCAGCUUGCGCAGACCCUGUACUCACAACUACUGGUAUGUUUUUUUGAUGGGCAUCGGCGGCACUGCCAUCAUCUACCAGGCCGCCAACCCAGAGGAUCAGAAUGCGUGGCCGCCUCCACAAGCCUCGCUACAGAUUACAGCGCUUGUCCGCAUCCCUGCCCUAUGUCUCACUAAGAACAUUCGAUUGGUGGCUCUCUGCAACGUAGCCAUUAUCGUGCUGGCUGCCGUAUUGUCGCCUGCGGCACUCAUUGGCUUGGAACUCGUCAGUGCCACGGCCGCUGUCAUCGCUGCCACUGCACUGCAGGGGUUGCUGAAGCAAUCAGCAGAGCGAAGCAUCAACCAUAGCAAAAUGAGCAGCGAUCUCCAAGCUGCACGGGCACUGCUGCAGCUCAUCUGCGAUGCCGUGGUUGAGCUGGAUGAGUCCCUCCGGCUCUCACACCACUCACCUGAGCUGGCCACAAUCUUGCUGCGGGAUGCCAGUCCGGCCAGGCGGAGCCUCCAGGGCAUGCGAUUUCGAGACUUCGUCGCGACACCAGAGGAAGCAGCCAAAGCACAGAAAGAACUGCUCGGAGUGUCAAGCCUUUCAGCAGCAUCCGCCUUCCACACGCGCCUGGUUGAUGCCUACAACAGCAAGUUCCGGACUGAGGUUUUCCAUGUGAGAUAUCAACAGAAUGGCAGGACCAGCCAUUUGAUCGGCCUCAGAGACUUCACCGAUCAGACCUCCUUGGCCCAGCUCAACUCUCGCAUCGAUUCGAAUCAUUCGAAUGAGUCAGCUCUGAACGUCAGCUCAGACAAAGUCUUGGUGAGGCCGCCCCCACUACUUCCUCAGUACAACGUAUUGCUGCUUGUUGAUCUGGGCAAGAGGGUGGUGGAGGCCGCAUCGAUUUCGGCAUCUGGGCUGCUGG